UCUUUAUAUCUCCGGCGAAAACCCUAAGCUUUUCUCUCUGUCUAGUUCUCUCCCUCCACGUUUCUUCGAGUGUUCUAUUCCUCUUCUCCCGACUCCAUAUCUUCGCAGGCUCGCUGACCUCUGUGAUCGUUGUCGCACGUUUGUGUUGCUUUCUCUGUAAUUGGAGUCUGCAGUUCCCAGAAAGAGCUGUGUGCGAUAACCGGAAAGAAUGUCUAGGAUAUGUGUGAAGAAUUUGCCCAAACAUGUUACAGAAGACCGACUACGUGAUGUCUUUUCUCAGAAAGGAGAAAUAACCGAUGCUAAAGUGAUACGCUGCAAGGAUGGUAAAACCAGACAGUUUGCUUUUAUUGGGUUUCGUAGUGAAGAUGAAGCCCAAGAGGCUAUCAAGUACUUCAAUAAAUCUUACCUUGACACAUCUCGAAUUUUCUGUGAGAUUGCUCGUAAAGUGGGAGAUCCAGAUGCCCCGAGGCCAUGGAGUCGUCAUACCUUAAAGAAACAAGGUCAAGUUAAAGAAAAUAUUGAGAAGUCCAGUGCUAAGAGCUUAAGCACUGGUGUUAGCAAAGGAGAGAGAAAGAAUAAGAAAAAAACAGAGGAGGUUGAUGAUCCUCAACUUCAAGAAUUUCUCGAGGUCAUGCAGAGGGGGAAGUCAAAAAUGUGGUCAAAUGACAUGCUGAUCGCCUCCACUACUGAACAGAUCAAAGACAAGGUCUCUGUAAAGAGAACUAAUGAUCAAAUAAUUCCUAGUAAUGCGGAACUGAUCAAAGAGAAAGAAGCAUCAGAUAUGGAGGCUAAAAAGGAAGAUGCUGUUCAUGGUGAUGAUGUUUCCGAUAUGGAAUAUUUCAAGAGUAGGAUAAAGAAGAAAUGGGUGGAUUCAGAGAGUGAUAGUGAAACUGAUCGAGAUAGUCAUGAAGCAGGAGAUGGUGAUAAUAUUAGGAGUGGGGAUGGCGAAACAAAGACUGAUGAUGACAAUGAUUCUGCUGGUGAUUUUAAUAGUGAUGACGAUGGUGAUACUGGUGGUGGUGAUACAAAUGAUGGUACGGGUGCUGUGAGCAGUGGUUAUGAAAAUGCUGAGCAGUUGGAAGCUGAUGGCAAGACUACUCAAGAUGUGAAAGAUGGUAGAGAGAAUAUUCUUGAGACUGGUCGUCUUUUCGUUCGUAACCUGCCGUACUCCGCAACAGAAGAUGAGCUUCAGGAACAUUUUAGCGAAUAUGGCGAAAUAUCAGAGGUCCAUCUUGUUCUCGACAAGGAGACAAAAAGGUCCAAGGGAAUAGCCUACAUUAUGUACACAGUUCCAGAAUCUGCUGCAAGGGCGUUAGAGGAAUUGGAUAAUUCAAUUUUUCAGGGUCGUUUGUUGCAUAUUUUACCAGCCAAGCAACGGGAAACUUCUGACAAGCAAGUGACUGAUGAAUCCAAUCAGUCAAAAACAUUCAAGCAAAAGAGAGAGGAAGAAAAAAAGGCAUCUGAAGUCAGUGGAGAUACCAAAGCUUGGAAUAGUUUAUUCAUGCGUCCUGACACUAUCCUAGAAAACAUAGUUAGGGCAUAUGGUGUAAGCAAGAGUGAUUUGCUGGACCGCGAAUCUGAUGAUCCUGCGGUACGUCUUGCUUUGGGAGAAACAAAAGUGAUUGCAGAGACCAAAGAAGCUCUUGCCAAGGCUGGAGUAAACGUUAAUGUUUUGGAAGAAUUUGCCUCUCGGAAAGCUGAUGACAGUAAAAGAAGCAAGCAUAUUCUUUUAGUGAAGAAUUUGCCAUUUGCUUCCUCUGAAAAGGAACUUGCUCAGAUGUUUGGAAAAUUUGGAAAUCUAGAUAAAGUUAUUCUCCCUCCCACAAGAACAAUGGCCUUGAUUGUUUUCCUCGAACCGUCCGAAGCUCGUGCAGCCUUUAAAGGAUUAGCAUACAAGCGUUACAAGGAUGCUCCAUUGUAUCUGGAGUGGGCUCCCGGUGAUAUUCUUGAGCAAAAAACACCCCCUGAUAAUGAUGGAAAGGAAAGUGCUGUUGGGGAGCAUGAUGUUAAGAGAGUGCUAUUGGAGCAGCAGGUUGAAGGAAUAACAAAUGAGGAGAUCGAUCCUGAUAGAAACGAGUCAAGGAUGCUUUACGUCAAGAAUCUGAACUUCAAGACUUCUGAUGAAACUUUGAAGAAGCAUCUCUCCGAACUGGUGAAGCAGGGACAGAUUCUGAGUGUCAGGAUAAAGAUGCAUAUAAAGAACGGAAAGAAUCUCUCAAGUGGUUACGGUUUUGUAGAGUUUGACUCUGUGGACACAGCGACCAAUGCCUACAGAGAUCUACAGGGUACUGUUUUAGAUGGGCAUGCUUUGAUCUUGCGAUUCUGCCAAACCAAGAGGAGUGAUUCAGUUGGCAAAGCAGACAAGGACAAACAGUCUACCAAGUUGCAUGUGAAAAAUGUUGCUUUCGAGGCAACCAAGAAAGAUCUAAGACAGCUUUUCAGUCCAUUCGGACAGAUCAAGAGUCUAAGGCUUCCAUCGAAAUUGGGAGACCGUGAACACAGAGGGUAUGCCUUUGUUGAAUUCAUGACAAAGCAAGAAGCUUUAAACGCCAUGAAAGCACUCUCCAACACCCAUCUCUACGGCCGACACUUGCUGCUGGAAUGGGCCGAGGAUGACGAGAGCAUGGAAAAGAAGAGGAAGCGUUCAGCGGCCAAGUAUAUGGACGAACAGAGCUUGUUUGAAAAUCCGAGUAAAGCUCUAAAGAAGGGAAAACGCACGGAAGUUGUGGAUGAGAGCAGAAUGAAGUUUGAGAGAAUAGCUGAAGCUGACUGAUUAGGGUUAUUGGCCUUGGUGGCAUCAUGCACAAGAAGUCAAGUCCCCCCAUGGUUGAAAUUUUUGAAGUGUACUAAAGAAAAGAACGUCAUGUGGAUAGGCAAUCCAAAACUGAUCUAUUGGAAGGUUUCUGCAGAAGCAAGUAUUUAUUUCCCUCUCUAUGUACGAUUAUGGCAUAGACGAGCGGUUCCGUACAAAUUAUUAUAAAAUGCAAAUAAAAAAUCACGAGUCUGUCCAAUUUUCAAUAA